CCACUGCUGCCUGGUUUAGCCAUCACUCACACUCUUCUCACAGCCGAGGAAAAACUACAGCCUGCCAAGAUGUGCAAAGGAUUAGCAGCGCUGCCCCACACGGGCCUGGAGAGGGCCAAGGAGAUCAAGACAAAGUUGGGCACACUGCUCCAGAAGCCUGACUCGACCAUCGACUUCAUCAUCCCCUACCCUGAGAAGCAGGAGAAGCCGCCCAAGGCCCAGAAGCCAUCACCGGAGGAGGCUCUGCAGUGGCGCGAUUCCUUGGAGAAGCUCCUGCAAAACUCCUAUGGGCUCGCCAGCUUCCGCAGCUUCCUGCGCUCUGAGUUCAGCGAGGAGAAUGCUGAGUUUUGGGUGGCCUGUGAGGACUACAAGAAAACCAAGUCCCCUGUGAAGAUGGCGGAGAAAGCCAAGAAGAUCUAUGAGGAGUUCAUCCAGACUGAGGCACCCAAAGAGGUGAACAUCGACCACUUUACCAAGGCUGUGACCAUGAAGAACCUGGUGGAGCCAUCACCAACCAGCUUUGACAUGGCCCAGAAGAGGAUCUUUGCCCUGAUGGAGAAAGACUCCCUGCCGAGAUUUGUGCGGUCGGAGUUUUAUCAAGAGUUAAUCAAGUAGCAAUGUGGCAGGGCUGUGCAAAGCAUCCCCACUGCUUCUAUCUCAACACCUGCCCCUUCUCCUGCAGCUGCUUUGCUUUCUUCAUACCACCCUAGAAGAGCACCCAGGGGUGUUGCUAAACAUCUCCCCCCGUGCUUUGGACUGUCAGAUGUCCUGGUGUUUCCUCUCUUAGCAUCUCUUUCCUCUCCCACAAAAAAACAAUUUUCAAAAAUUUCAUGAGGUUGAGACCCAGAAGGGUGAUGCAGCAGCCC